GUUGUCGGAGCCGCGAUGGAGAAGCCGAGGCACCGCUACCGGCGCCGCUAGCUAGCAACGACCGAGCCGGGCUAACUGCCGCCCGCGAGCCGGCGGGAGAGACGCAGAGACCGCGAUGGAGACGGUGGAGCAGCUCGUCUCCUUCCACCACGUUCAGGUCCAGUUGAGCGGGGGCGCGCCCUGGGGCUUCACCCUGAAAGGAGGGCUCGAGCACGGGGAGCCGCUCAUCAUCACCAAGAUCGAGGACGGAGGGAAGGCCGCCCUGUGCGCCAAGCUGAGGGUCGGCGACGAGCUGGUGAACAUCAACGGGUCGGCGCUCUACGGCAGCCGGCAGGAGGCCCUCAUCCUCAUCAAGGGGUCCUACCGCCUCCUGAAGCUCGCCGUCAGGAGGCGCAGCGUUCCCGUCCUCAGGCCUCACUCCUGGCACCUGGCGAAGCUGUCGGAGCCGCCGCUCCCCCUCCCUCCUCCCCCGUCUCUUCCCCCUCCCCGCCUCCCCGCCGCCGACUCCCCUCCUCUCCCCCCUCCUCCGCCCCCCCUGUCUGCCAUGCAGCUCCACCCCGGCUCCUACCCCCCACCCUGGCACGCAGCGGACCACAGUGACCUGUCCUUGCCGUGGGGUCAGCUGUCCAGACCGUACUCCUCCACCGAGCGAAGCAGCUCCCUGGGCUCCAUGGAGAGCCUGGACGCGCCGCCGCCCGCCGCGCCGCCGUCCCCCGACUCCCGGGACUCGCCCGGCGACCCCCCCCUCUUCAACAACAAGAGGGACUCGGCCUACAGCUCCUUCUCCGCCAGCUCCAACGCCUCCGACUGCGCCGCCGUGCCGCUGCGCCCGGGGGACGCCGGCUCCAUGGACAACCUCCUGCACGCCGGCGGCGAUGCCUCCACCCCGGGGGGGGCGCCCGGCGAGGUGACGCCCGCCUCGCUCAAGUCCAGGUCCCUGACCAGGCCCAGAGCGAGGCCCGUCCAGGUGAAGGAGAGGCCCUCGUCCUGCUGCUACGAGGGAGGAGACUCUGUGAGGAAGAUGAACCCUCCUCUUCCUCCCACCAGGACGGACAGCUUCAGGGCGACCCGGACCCGGCCGCGCGGCGCCAACAAGCGCUGCGUCUCCGCUCCGGUCGAGAUUGCCGGCGUUCCUUUUGACUUUGAGGACGUCGAGUCGGGGACGCUGAACGGCUUCGAGGGGAGCGUCCAAAGUGGGGACGGCGAGGACUCGAGUGCAGACGCCGUCUCAGCAGCGACCUCAGGUCGCGUCUCUGACGCAGCGGUGGCGUGCCCUCGGCCAAAGGAGCCGCCGGUCGAGCUCGGGGCCGAUCAACCCGGGGCCCCCUCCGAUGUCUCCACGUGGGACGACCGGGACGCGUCUCACUAUCCCGUCCACGCGCCCUCAGGACAGUGGGGGGGCGGCGCUGCCCCUGGGGACUCGAUGGGGGCGAGCGCCCCCGAGGACGCCGGCGCGACGCUGGGGAGGGAUUUUCAGCCUCUGAGUGCUGCCGCCAGUGUGGACACGUUACUGGGGGGGCACAGGGAGUCGGGUAAAGGCGGGAGAAGUAAGGAGGACGCGGCAGAAGAGGCGGACAUGAGGAAGUCGCCGGCGUCCAGGAACCAUCGCCGGAACCGCCGCCGCGGUGAGCGCUUCGCCACCAACCUCCGCAACGAGAUCCAGAGGAAGAAGGCCCAGCUUCAGAGGAGCCGGGGCCCGGGGGGGCUGCUCUGCAGCGGGGAAACCGUCCAGGAGGAAGAGGGGCCGGACCUCAGCGAGGAGGGGGCGGAGCCUGAACCGCCUCCCCGGGAGGGAAGCGCCGCGGUUGCGUUCGCCUCGCCUGCUGGCCCCCCCCCCGACGGCGCCGCCGGCCGGGCACAGAACCCCGAGGCAGCGAGAGCCUGGAGCGACUCGAGGGAAGACGCGUCGCGGACCUGGUCGACGCCCCGCGCUCCAAACCACGCCCCCUCCGGGACCGUCCAGAUCCUGGACCCGGGGCUGCCGGAUUUCGGGGUGGGCGUCCGCGUCGUGGAGGAACCGGCACCGGCCGGGAAAGCCCGCCGCUGGCGCUGGACCCCCGAGCACAAGCUCCAACCGGAGCCCCCGGCUCGGUGCGGAGCCUCGGCCCACAGGGCGGCGGGGGCGCGGCACGCCGCCGGCGCCUGGUGCGGCUCCUCCUCCUCCUCCUCCUUCUCCUCCUCCUCCUCCUACGCUCCCCGGCCGCAGGAGUCCGACAUCCUCCCCUUCGCCGAUAGGAUGAAGUUCUUCGAGGAGACGAGCAAAGGCGCGUCGGACCCGUCGAGCCGCAGGCAGAAGAAGCCCCUCCAUCACCCGGAGCCCCGGGGGGGGGAGGUCACCCAGAGGAGGUACUCCUACCAGGGGGGGGGGCAGAGGGACAGUGACCCAAACACUGUGGAGGCCAGGAGGAUGUCAGUGAGCACGGAGAGGGAGAGGGUAAGGCAGUGGGAGAGGGAAGGACAGAGGGAAGGACAGAGGGAAGGACAGAGGGAAGGACAGAGGGAAGGACAGAGGGAAGGAGGGGAGGACGGCGCUCGUUUUUACGGCACCAAAGAAAGAAACGAAGACUAUCAACGCGAUGCGCGGCCCCACGCGCCCCCCCCCGGGCUCCCCCGAGACGAAGCCCCGAGGUCGGCCUUCCAUCCCGUCAGCGCUCCGCCCCACCUCCCUGAGGACCAGCAGCCCCCCCCCCGGGGGCACAGAGCGAGGAGCUACACCCAGACGGAGAUGCAUCCCGCCCGGCAACAGGAAACGACCACGCUCAACAGGAAGUGCAGCCUGACGGAGAGGGACUCCAGCUGGAGGCGGGAGUCCAGGCCCCCAGAGCACCACCAGCACCACCAGGGUCCCCGGGGCUCCUCUGCUCCGCCUCCGGCUCCUCUGUCGCUGCGAGGGCGGGCCAUGUCCGAAAACGACCUCCGCUUUGACGGCGCCGGCGCCGGCUACCGCUGGCCGUCCGUGUCCGUGGCGACCAGCCAGAGCCUGAGCGAGGUGGAGGAAGGGGCGGGCGGAGUCGGGGGGGUAGAGGCCGCCGGCGCUAACAGAAAGAAGACGCCGCCUCCGCCAAGACCACCGCCGCCCAAGUGGGAGCAGUUCCACCGGCGCCGUGCGUCUCACCACGCCUUGUUCGCCUCCUCUCCUCCGUCCCUGGACGCCGCAGAGUCACGCCCCCGCUCCUCCUCCUGCGUCCCUCCACCCGAGACGUCCCGACUGAGGUCCUACAGCCUUCCGCCGGAGAGACAGGAAGUGACCGAGGGAUGCCCGCGAUGCAGCUGCAGCCAAACCAGGGAUCUGCCCAACGCCUCGUCCAACCAGAAUCAAGCACAGAUGCAGGAGCAACGCUUCAGCCACGCCUCGUCCAAUCAGAUGCAGGAACAGCGCUUCAGCCACGCCUCGUCCAAUCAGACGCAGGAACAGCGCUUCAGCCACGCCUCGUCCAAUCAGAUGCAGGAACAGCGCUUCAGCCACGCCUCGUCCAAUCAGACGCAGGAACAGCGCUUCAGCCACGCCUCGUCCAAUCAGAUGCAGGAACAGCGCUUCAGCCACGCCUCGUCCAAUCAGAUGCAGGAACAGCGCUUCAGCCACGCCUCGUCCAAUCAGAUGCAGGAACAGCGCUUCAGCCACGCCUCGUCCAAUCAGAUGCAGGAGCAACCUUUCAGCCCCGCCUUGUCCAACCAGAAUCAAGCACAGAUGCAGGAACAGCGCUUCAGCCACGCCUCGUCCAAUCAGACGCAGGAACAGCGCUUCAGCCACGCCUCGUCCAAUCAGACGCAGGCACAGAUGCAGGAACCGCGACUCGGCCAUGCUUCGUCCAAUCAGAAUCAAGCUGAACCCCUGGAGAUGAGUUUCACCGUUGCUCCGCCCAGUCCCAUGUUCUCUAGGAGGAGCUUCAGGCCCGUGGCCCCGCCCCCAAAAGAGAGGGACCAGAAGGGCAUGUAUGGCGAACAGCAGGAGAGGGUGGAGGUCUUACCAUCGCUGCCUCCGCCUCCCGCUCCGCCAGCAGAGAUCGCCGUGAUCAGGUUAUCCGAGGGGAGGGGCCGGGAAAGGGUGACGGCGAAACCGGAGGCGAGACCCGGAGCCGCGUGGAACAGAGAUCACAGCGACCCCAACGGCGGCGACUCGCCCCGGGAGUCCUACUUCUCCAUGGACCACGAGCAGCGCCAGCGCCGCGCCAGCGGGGGCUUCCGGAGCAUCGACGGGCCCCAGAAGACCCCCGAACCGGGGACGGAGUCGGAGACGACCCUCAGCCCGAGCCCCGCCCACAGCCUGGACGCGGACCUGGACGUCCCCAUGGAGACGGACAUCGACGACUUCCAGGAGGACGAGGAGGCGGCGGCGGCGGAGGACGGGCCGAUCACCAGCGAGCUGCCUUGCUUCGCGCUGCCGGUGACGGUGCUGGAGACGGACAUCGACACAGAGGCCUCGCCGCCCGGCUCGCCGGAGGGGGAGGAGCUGGAGGAGGAGCUGGAGGAGGAGCUCCAGGCCGGCGAAGCGGAGAGGCUGAGCCUGGAGGAGCUCUUCCCCCAGAGCUGUGAGGGGGAGCCGGGCCGGGAGAGCUGGAGGGGGGCCGACAGCCUGGACAGGAGGUCCGGUGCGAGCUCCAGCUGUUCGUCUUACUACAGCACGUCAGCCGCCAAAGCUCAGCUGCUGUCUCAGAUGAAGGACUUCACCGACAACAACAGGGAGGAGGACGACGAGCUGGCCUACAAGAAGCAGCUGAUGGAGAGCCUCCGCAAGAAGCUGGGGGUGCUGAGGGAGGCUCAGAGGGGACUGCAGGAGGACAUCAGAGCCAACGCACAGCUGGGGGAGGAGGUGGAGAGCAUGGUGGUGGCGGUGUGCAAACCCAACGAGGUGGACAAGUUCCGCAUGUUCAUCGGGGACCUGGACAAAGUGGUGAGCUUGUUGCUGUCGCUGUCCGGCCGGCUGCUGAGGGUGGAGACGGCGCUGGAGACGCUGCACCCCGACGCCGAGCUCCACGACCGGCUCCCCCUGCUGGAGAAGAAGCAUCAGCUCAUGAGGCAGCUGUCCGAGGCCCAGGACCUGAAGGACCACGUGGACCGCAGAGAGCAGGCCGUGAGCCGGGUGCUGGCCCGCUGCCUCUCCCCCGAGCUGCACCGGGACUACAGCCACUUUGUGAAGAUGAAGGCCGCCCUGCUGGUGGAGCAGAGGCAGCUGGAGGACAAGACCCGGCUGGGGGAGGAGCAGCUGAGGGGGCUGAGGGAGAGCCUGGGGCUCGGGAUGGGGAUCGGGAUGGGGAUGUCGAUGGGAUACGGACAUUACUGAGAACCCCCCCCCCUCCCCGUCCUCCUGCACCUCGCUGCGUUUGUCCCUCCCACGAGACGCUGCUUUGUUGUUUGUAUUUAAAUCUCCGGGUUCACACAAUCAGACUUUUUCUCCCGCCGCGCUGAGGGAAGACAUCAGAGACAUCAGAGACAUCAGAGACACUUUAGUCCCUUUCCGACGAUGCAGUAUAAGGAACUGGUAUUAUUUUUUGUAUUGACACCAGCUUUCAGCAACACGUAUAGUGUAUUAUCUCCUGUAAUACUAUAAUACCCCCCCGGCUCCACUGUACAGAAGACACUGGUGUUUAUAAUGUAGACGGUGUGUAUAUAAUGCUGCAGUUUCUUUUGAAUGACUGGAAUAGUUUGUAAAAAUUGGUUGUAAAAGACGAGGCAGAAGGAGAUGAGUCAGCGUUUACUGUAUAUUUUGUGGGUUUUUGACGUCAUCUUUCAAACCGUUAAAGUUUAGACUCCUCCGACUCUUCACCUGGUCCCACCUUACCUUCAGAGUGGAGGACAAACAGAAGCCUACAGUCCGCUAGCGUAGCUUAGCAUAAAGACAGGAACCAGGGGGGAGAGCUAGCACGGCUCUGUCUUCAAGCUAAGCUAACGUAGCUUCACAUCCAUCUUCUGUGUCCAGCUAUUGCUUUAGAAUUUGACUCAAUUAUGUUUAUUUUGUUUGUUAAAAUCCUUCCUUUACAAGCUUUAAACCUGUAAAAGCUCCAACCCGCUCUGACCACCUUUCUAAAUCAACAAGAACAAAAAUCUGCAUGUUAAAGUUCAUUAAAAGUUUCAGUUGCAGCUUUUUCUUGGAUAUUUUCCUGCUGUUUUAACGCAGAACAAACCCAGAAAAUACCAAGUAGAUUCCACGUGUAUUCUUCUACGGACGUUCCUCUAACGUAUCGACGUGACGAGAGACGAGGGAACGUUGCUUGUUGAGAUUAUUAUCUGCUGUUUUGUGUCCUUUUCUCUGUAAUUUUCUUUUUUUUGUGUGUUUGUAAAAUGCAUUACGACUUGUGUAACUGCAGAAACACUCACACGAGGAAAGAAAAGUACCAUAAAUAAUAAUAAUAGUGUUUUAAACUAGU